GGUGGAGUCUCGCUUUUUCUUUCGCGUGUUGGCUGACUUACAGCUUCUCUAAAGUAGAGGCAGUUUCUGAACCCUAGGCAGCUGCCUCGCAGUUCUAGCUGGUGAGCGCCAAUGCACAGCGCUCCCGGGAACGAGCCGCUUUCCUGAGCCCCGGCUCUCUCUCGCUUCUGGAACUAUCCCACCAUCCACAUUUCUCUACUUUGAGAACUCCCCCUCGUCAUGGACCUCGUCGGGCUGCUGAAGUCCCAGUUUCUGUGCCACCUGGUGUUCUGCUAUGUGUUCAUCGCCUCGGGGCUCAUCGUCAACGCCAUCCAGCUGUGCACACUGGUCCUCUGGCCCAUCAACAAGCAGCUGUUCCGCAAGAUCAACGGCAGACUGUGCUACUGCGUCUCUAGCCAAUUGGUGAUGCUUCUGGAGUGGUGGUCAGGCACGGAGUGCACCAUCUACACCGACCCGAGGUCCUCCCUGCACUACGGGAAGGAAAACGCCAUUGUGGUUCUCAACCAUAAAUUUGAGAUUGACUUUCUCUGUGGCUGGAGCCUGGCUGAGCGCCUUGGAAUCCUGGGGAACUCCAAAGUCUUGGCCAAGAAAGAGCUGGCUUACGUCCCAAUCAUUGGCUGGAUGUGGUACUUCGUGGAAAUGAUCUUCUGCACGCGCAAGUGGGAGCAGGAUCGGCAGACGGUCGCCAAGAGCCUGCUGCACCUCCGGGACUACCCAGAGAACUAUCUGUUCCUGAUUCACUGUGAGGGCACAAGGUUCACAGAGAAGAAACACCAGAUCAGCAUGCAGGUGGCCCAAGCCAAGGGACUGCCCAGUCUCAAGCACCACCUGCUGCCACGCACCAAGGGCUUUGCUAUCACCGUGAAGUGCUUGCGAGAUGUAGUCCCAGCUGUAUAUGACUGUACACUCAAUUUCAGAAACAAUGAAAACCCAACACUGCUGGGAGUCUUAAAUGGAAAGAAAUAUCAUGCGGACUGCUAUGUUAGGAGGAUCCCGAUGGAAGACAUCCCAGAGGACGAGGACAAGUGCUCGGCCUGGCUACACAAGCUAUACCAGGAGAAGGAUGCCUUUCAGGAGGAAUACUACAGGACAGGGGUCUUCCCAGAGACCCCCUGGGUUCCCCCACGCCGGCCUUGGGCCCUGGUCAACUGGUUGUUCUGGGCGUCUUUGCUGCUCUAUCCUCUCUUCCAGUUCCUCGUGAGCAUGGUCAGCAGCGGUUCUUCAGUGACGCUGGCUAGCUUGGUCCUCAUCUUUUGUAUGGCCUCCAUGGGAGUUCGAUGGAUGAUUGGCGUGACAGAGAUCGACAAGGGCUCUGCCUACGGCAAUAUCGACAACAAACAGAAACAGACAGACUGACCUGGGAACAUCGCCUCCAAAAGGAACCUUGGGAACUGUUGGCCCCUGCCUAGCCUUCUUAGUAGGGUUCAGUGAUGGAGCCGGGGAGCCUUGCCGGGAGGAGCAGAAGCCAGAGCCCCUCCAGUCACUGAGUUUUUCUCAGCGCUGGAGGGGAAACGAAGAUGUCCUUUGAUGCAGACUGUCUUAAACCCUUCCCCUUUCCCGUGUGAAUUCUUGAUGCAGACUGUCUACAGUUCUUAAACCCUUUUCCUUCCCGUGUGAAUUCUCGGGUUUGGUUAUCUUUUCAGUUGCACACACACACACACACACACACACGUGUGAGAGAGGAGAAUGGCUUGUUCAUUGUGACCCUGGGACAAUGGGUCUCUGAGGCUGCAGGGAAGGGCGGGGCUGGGGUGAAAGGGAAGGUGUCCCUGCCACCCUUUGGUGCUGUGUCUUUAACCCUCAUUGCCAGCGAUGGAGUCAACAGUGCUUUAGGUAAGACGGCUAAAUUAUGCCUCCAAAUAAGAAAAAAAAAAUUAAAGUGUUUAUCUGGGU